AUGGCGCCCCGCAAGACCGCCGCCGGCGACAAAGCCCCGAAGGCACCUGUCACCAAAAAGACCGCAAACAAAGUCAUCAAGCGACCGGCGCGCGGAUACCACAAAUUUCGAAAUGGCUUACUGAAUGUCACGCCCAAAGGUGAUGAAAAAGAGCUCGUCAAACAAAAUGAGAGUUCUCCGUUGCUUCGUAUGCCUGCUGAAAUCCGCAAUACAGUCUGGAAGCUUGUGUUGGGAGGAAAAUUGUAUAAGACAGACGGGAGAGGGAAAUUCUAUCCUUCAUUAGCAGAGCCGAAGAACGCCACUGCUCUUCUGAGAACCUGUCGUCAGAUCUACUCCGAAACCGCAAUCAUGCCGUUGGCUCUCACGGUAUUCUCCACCUCUUCUGUCCAGCGGGCAAAGAGAUCCUUCGGAAGAUUCAAGCUACGGCAGCGCAAACAAAUCACGAUGCUACAAUUCGACAUCGUUUCGCCCGAAAGCGUUAUAGAGCUCACAAAGUUCUUCUUUGUGCGCAACAAGUUUAUACUUGCUGACUCGCUCCCCGCGUUGCAAGAGCUGCGAGUUGAAGUAUACUCGGCCCAAGAUCCAAUUAUGACCCGCGAAAGAACGGAGGAGGCUGUGCACGAGUACCUCGAACCAAGCAUCCGAGGGAUGUCGGUCGAAGUAAAGGUACACCAGACCAAUCUACCAUGGUCUGGUCGUUGA